AUGAACACAGUGAUACGGCUCGCCAGCCUUCUCGUGGCGCUCGCUGCUUGCGCACGCGCCGCUCCCACCGCCUCUCAACACAACAUGAACCUACCUAAAACUGACAGUGUUACCCAACAACCGGGAAACUUGGUGGACAAACAUCUUAAUUUAAAAAAUAUUGCUAGCGGUAGUGAAAGACGAUUAUUUGUGAUGAGAAUACCGUGUGAUAAAAACGAUGUCAAGUGCUCGCGGUUCCAGUACUAUGAGUUCGACUUGGUUGAUGCCACGCCAAGUGACACCGACCGCACCAGGAGACGACCAGGAGGUGCUUAUUAUUGA